CUCCCUCCUUCCUCCCCCACCCUUUAAUAGGCUACUUUAUUCAAGUUCGCCGGGAACUCAAGACAGAGCUGACAGAGCUUGCAGACCCCCGGCGCAAAAGCUCGCGACCAUGUAAUUCGCCCUUGCGCUCAGCAGCAGGAGCAGCAACAGCAGGACGCGCGAGAAGAGUCCAGGAAUAUUAGUGGAUUUGAAAGAACAAAAAAAUAUUUUGCAGAUUAAUCAUGCACGCUUUUCUCUGGGGUCUGGGCUUGUUCAUCGCACUCCCCGAUGUUGUGAAUUUAGCAGCUUGGACCCGGAGUUCUCCGGGACGCUCCAGAAAAGCAACAUCACUGGUGCACACCGGAGCGCACGAGAUCGUGACGCCUAUCAGAGUGACCGAGGCCGGAGAUGCGUUGCCCCUGAACGCGCACUUCAAACGCAAGAAACGGAGCGUCGACAAGGAAACGGAACCGGGACACUGGGAAUCCGAGCACGUGCACUACAGACUCUCCGCAUUUGGUCGUGACUAUCACCUUAACCUGACGCUCGAGGCGGGAUUUAUUGCGCCGCUUUAUACCGUAACCGUCCUUGGCACGAGCAACCGAACGCACGAGGAGGAGGAUGCAGAGGAUGAAGUGGAAACGAUGUACCGACACUGUUUUUAUAAUGGACACGUCAACGGAGAAAAGCAGCACUCCGCCGUCAUCAGCCUCUGUUCCGGCCUGCUUGGCACUUUCAGGUCAUCAGAAGGCGAGUAUUUCGUGGAGCCUCUUCACAGCUACAAUGGCGAACAUUAUGAAGAAGAACACAUCAAACCUCAUAUUGUGUACAGAAAAGAUGUACCCAAGACGGCCAAAGAUGAAGAAAAAGAUGACACGGCGGCAUGUGAUACUGCAGGUCAUGAUUCUGAGCAAAACAUUGUGUUUGGGAGCUUGUUGUCUGACCUGGAGCGUCUCAGCGCAGGGGUUCUCUCAGGCUCUUUCCCCUCAACAGAAGACAAAGAGCCAUCAGCUAACGACAGCAGCACCGACUCAGGACCUCACCGGAGAAGAAAGCGCUUCCUUUCCUACCCACGCUUUGUGGAAAUCAUGGUCGUUGCUGACUACAAGAUGGUGGAGCAUCACAGGAGCAAUCUCCAGCACUAUGUUCUGACCUUAAUGUCUAUAGUUUCCUCGAUCUAUAAGGAUCCCAGCAUUGGCAAUCUGAUCAACAUUGUCAUUGUGAAGCUAGUCAUCAUAAACAAUGAGCUGAAGGGUCCAGUUAUCUCUUUCAAUGCACAAACCACUUUAAAGAACUUCUGUGUCUGGCAGCUGGAUCAGAACAACCUUGACGACGAGCACCACGACCACUAUGACACGGCUAUCCUCAUCACCAGGCAGGACAUCUGUAGAGCAAAAGACAAGUGUGACACUUUAGGUCUUGCAGAGUUAGGCACAGUGUGUGAUCCGUACAGGAGCUGCAGCAUCAGUGAAGAUAGUGGCCUCAGUACGGCUUUCACCAUCGCUCACGAGCUCGGCCAUGUGUUCAAUAUGCCCCAUGAUGACAGUAAUAAGUGUAAAGAGGAUGGGGUUAAGGUUCAGCAGCAUGUGAUGGCCCCAACACUCAACUACUACACCAACCCCUGGAUGUGGUCCAAAUGCAGCAGAAAAUACAUCACAGAGUUCCUCGACACAGGGUACGGAGAGUGCUUGCUGGACGAACCCGUGUCCAGGCCAUACCCCCUGCCCCAGCAGCUCCCCGGGCGCAUAUACAGCGUCAAUCAACAAUGUGAACUCAUAUUUGGCCCUGGGACACAGGUCUGCCCAUAUAUGAUGCAGUGUCGCCGGCUUUGGUGCACGAGUCCAGAAGGAGCUCAGCGUGGUUGUCGGACCCAACACAUGCCUUGGGCGGACGGCACCGUCUGUGGUCAAGGAAGGCACUGUAAACAUGGUGUCUGCAUCCCCAAGGAGCAUGACUUGGGGCCGAUGGAUGGAGAAUGGGGCGUGUGGAGUCCCUUCGGUUCCUGCUCACGCACGUGUGGAGGAGGCAUCAAGAUCGCCACCCGGGACUGCAACAGACCUGCACCAAGGAACGGAGGACAGUAUUGUGUGGGGCGCAGAAUGAAGUUCCGCUCCUGCAACUCGGAGCCGUGUUCAAUACAGAGAAGAGAUUUCAGAGACGAGCAGUGCGCUGCUUUCGACGGCCGCCAUUUUAACAUCAACGGUCUACCUCCAAACGUGCGCUGGGUGCCAAAGUACAGCGGAAUUCUAAUGAAGGACCGCUGCAAGCUCUUCUGCAGAGUGGCAGGAAACACAGCCUACUAUCAGCUGAAGGAUCGAGUGAUCGAUGGCACGCCAUGUGGCCCAGAUACCAACGACAUCUGUGUGCAGGGCCUGUGCAGGCAAGCAGGUUGUGACCAUAUUUUAAACUCCAAGGCCAGGAGAGAUAAAUGCGGAGUGUGUGGGGGAGACAACUCAUCCUGUAAGACAGUGGCAGGGACGUUAAAUACGGUGCACUACGGUUACAACGUUGUCGUGCGAAUCCCCAGCGGUGCUACCAACAUAGACGUGCGACAGCACAGCUACUCAGAAAAACCAGAGGAUGAUAACUACCUCGCCGUGGCCAACAGUCGUGGAGAAUAUUUACUCAAUGGAGAUUUUGUGGUCAGCAUGUUCAAAAGGGAAGUCAAAGUGGGCCGAGCCGUCCUCGAGUACAGCGGCUCCGACCACGUCGUCGAGAGACUCAACUGCACUGAACGGAUCGAGGAGGAGAUCGUCGUCCAGGUUCUGUCCGUAGGUAACUUGUUCAAUCCGGACGUCAGGUAUUCCUUUAACAUUCCCAUUGAAGACGUGACUCAGCAGUUCAUCUGGGACGCGUACGGCCCGUGGCAGGAGUGUAGCCACCUGUGCCAAGGGGAGCAAAAGAGAAAAAUCCUGUGCAACCGAGAGUCGGACCACGUGGUGGUUUCGGAUCAAAGGUGUAGCGGCUCACCUCGUCCGGCGACCAUCGCAGAACCCUGCAACGUGGACUGCGAGCUCAGGUGGCACGUGGCCCGUAAGAGCGAGUGCACGGCGACCUGUGGGCUGGGAUACCGCACGCUGGAAAUCUACUGCGCUAAAUUCAACCCAAGUGACGGUAAAACCCAGAGAGUUGAUGACAGAAACUGCAGCCAUCAGCACAAACCUGAUGAUAAGGAGGCUUGUCAUGGUGACUGUAACCCUGGCGUCUGGGAGUAUUCGCCCUGGUCAGAGUGUUCGAAAAGUUGCGGAGGGGGAACGCGCCGUCGGACUGCCGUGUGUAAGUCGUCUGAGAACGACGAGGGGAAAUGCAACACCAGAGACAAGCACGUCGUCCAGCCCUGCAACGAGUUCCAGUGUCCAAGAUGGAGGACUGGCGAGUGGUCAGAGUGCCUGGUGACGUGUGGGAAAGGCUACAAACACCGUCAGACGUGGUGUCAGUUUGGAGACGAGCGGCUGGACGAGCGCUUCUGCGACUCGACCAAACCGGAGUCGGUGCAGACGUGUCAGCAGCAGGAGUGCGCGUCCUGGCAGUUCGGCUCCUGGGGCCCGUGCACUACCUCCUGUGGCCCUGGCUAUCAGAGACGAGUCGUGAAGUGUGUAGUCAGCUCGUCCGGCUUGGUCAGGGAUGACACUGACUGUAACGCAGCGACACGCCCCACUGACACACAGGACUGUGAAAUCUCUUUGUGUCCCGUCACCCGUUCUCCUGACACCAAACCCGUUCUUCAUCCUGGCCACAAAACCCAGUGGCGCUUUGGAUCAUGGACUCAGUGUAGCGCUACCUGCGGGAAGGGCAUACGCAUGCGCUACGUCAGCUGUCGUGACACUCAGGGCGGCGUUGCGGAGGAUUCCUGGUGUGCUCAUCUCCCCAAACCUCCUGCUACAGACGCCUGCUCCGUGUUGGCUUGCGGUCAGUGGAAGGUGCUGGAAUGGACUCAGUGCUCUGUUUCCUGCGGUCAGGGUAAAGCAUCUCGUCAGGUUCUCUGCGUGAACUUCAGCGACCAGAUGCUGGACGUCAGCGAGUGCGACCCGGACGAUCGCCCGGCGACGGAGCAGGAGUGCGCCAUGCCCCAGUGCCCGCCUCACCCCAGUGGCCACGCCCCUUUGCCUCCUAACCAAGACAUCCAAAAAAAAUCCACCACCCCUGGCAGGACAGAUCGAAUCCGAGGCACGCGUCCGCCAUCGCAGUGGAGGUUUGGACCUUGGGGAGCGUGCUCGAGCACAUGUGCCGGAGGAUUCCAGAGGCGGGCGGUGGUGUGUCAGGAUGAGAACGGCUACACGGCCAACAGCUGUGACGAGAGCGUCCGACCCGCAGAACAGCGUGCCUGUGAGUCUGGACCGUGUCCACAGUGGGUUUACGGAGACUGGGGCAAGUGUUCGAAACCCUGCGGUGGGGGAAUAAAGACGCGCCUCGUGGUUUGUCAGCGGCCCGGUGGCGAGCGCUUUAGCGAUCAGAGCUGCGAGGUUCUGGACAAACCACCUGACCGAGAGCAGUGCAACAUGCAGCCGUGCUCUCACUGGAGAGCCGACCCGUGGAGCUCGUGCUCCACCUCCUGUGGGAAGGGCUUCAGACGCCGCAACCUGACCUGCGUCAGCCGCUCGGGCCAUCCAAUGGCGGAAGAGAACUGCCUGCACCUGCCCCUUCCCCGGAAGCAGAAGUCGUGCAAAGGUGCGAAGUGCCCCGAGUGGAGGACGAGCAUCUGGCUAGAGUGUAGUGUGACGUGCGGUUCCGGCCGGAGGAGUCGCGCCGUGGUGUGUGUGAAUCGCAGCGGAGACGAGAUCCACGAAUCGCACUGCUCUGCACAGAGCAAACCGAACCACAGCGAGCCGUGUAACACUCAACCCUGCGAGUUCGUCUGGAUCACAGGAGACUGGGAGGAGUGCUCUGUGACAUGCGGUCAAGGCUACCAGAGGAGGCGGGUCUCCUGCAGCGAAAUGCAUUCUGGGAAUGAGAAUUAUGAAUACAGCCACCAGGGGUCACCCAGCUGCCCAGGGACGCCUCCCGAGAGCUACAGAGCAUGCAGACUCCCUGCCUGCCCUUUAAGCCACAGCUGGAGAGUGGGCAUCUGGGGACCUUGUUCAGUGAGCUGUGCUGAUGGCUGGAUGGAGCGCAUGGUUCAGUGUUAUUCAGAAGAAGGCGAGCUCAGUGCUGAGUGUGACUCCAGCUCCAAGCCGGAAGGUCGGAGGUCCUGCAGCAACCCGGAGUGUAAAUUGCCAUUCAGCUGUAGGGAUGUACAGAUGAAGAGCGGUGUUGUUGUUGAUGGAGAGCAGCUUCUCAGUGUGCAGGGCAAAGCACGUAAUAUCUACUGUUCAGAGAUGCAUACGGAAAGUCCGAAAGAAUACAUCACUCUCACGACCGGAGAGAGCGAGAACUUCUCUGAGGUUUUUGCAUACAGGCUGAUGGAUCCCACGCAGUGUCCAUCAAAUCUGAUCCACAGAGAGGAGUGCCAGUGCCGGAGAGACUACACAGCCGCCGGCCUGUCCGCUUUCACCCGGGUUCGACUGGACCUGAGCAAGAUGACCAUCAUCACCACAGAUUGGAAGUACUCGUACACUCGAGAAGGUCAUAAGGUUCCUUUCGCCACAGCAGGAGACUGUUACAGCGCCGCUCGCUGUCCACAGGGCCGUUUCAGCCUCAACCUCACAGGAACAGGUUUCCAAGUGGCUAAGAGUACCCAGUGGAUUUCCCAAGGGAACUACGCUGUGGCAGACAUCCACAGGUCCCAGGAUGGCAGUAGAGUGACAGGAACGUGCGGUGGCUACUGUGGCAAAUGCGCUCCGUCCUCCAGUUCAGGUCUUCUCAUCCAUCUUGCAUGAACCCCAACCUUCUUACAAGUCCGGACUUUCUUCCUUCUUAGAACUACGCACGUCCUGGUGGCAAAUUAAAGGGGGAAAAAAACAAACCUUAAUUGUCUUAAUGGCACAAGAACAGUGGUACAGAUCACAGUGGUCAAAGUUUCUGGAUUUUUUUUUUUAUUGUAGAGAUGAACACUCUUCUUCCAGAAUACAUUCCCUUACCUCUGAUGUCCUGAUGAAGGCGAUGGAGAUCUGAAUUGGUUUCAGUUCAUUUGAGAUCUGAUCUGAUCUGAAGUCAAGGCAAUUGGUAUUAAUUGUAUCCCCGUUUAUUGAAAUCUCGUGCACUGUGAAUGGGGGCGGAGACAUCCUGUAAGUGACCACGCCCACUGGGUACAAAUAUCUUCUGAUAGGCUAAGUGAGAAGAGCUUUGUAUUGAUUUGCAGUGGUGCAAAAUGAUUACUAAAUGCCCCCCUCACCAUCCUCCAUUCUCAAACAACAGCAUAACUACCAUAGCCACCAUUUUGUUUUCUUUUAAUUUGACACCAGUUUGUCACAUAUGCCUCCUUUUUCACAUCUUUUCCCCCCCCUCGUCGUAUUUCCACGGCUGAUCUGUUUCUUCAGGACGUUCUCGUCUCCUCGGGUUCUCCUCUCAGGGUGGUGCUAAAGACAUAAAAGUCAUCGAAGAACAUCCUUCACCAUCCCCCUGACUUCCUGCUGUAUGUGUGUAAAUAUCAGCUGGUGUAUGUAAUGUACAGAACGUUGUAGAAUUAUUUAUUUUAUAAUCCACAUUUAUUUUUAUACAGUUAUUUAAAACGCUAACAAAGCCAUGUGUGAAUUGUUGCUUGUUCCUGACGCAGAUUGUUGGUUCCUUGUACAGUCACGACAUAAUGCCGUACAUCAGUGUACGU